UCAGUUUCAUUCAUUUCAUUGUGAGUGUUGAUUUGGUUGCGUAUUAUGUUGUUUGUCAAGUUGUGAAUAUUUUUCUAAUUAUUUUACUUUUUAUUUCUAGUUAAGUUUAAUAAUAUCCAUUCCAUAAAAUGUUCUUAAUGUCAACUAGUAUUUACGAUAUUUAAAGUGUGAUUCCCCUUGAAAUAAAACAUAAUGGGUCCGUGUUACACGUGUAUAGUUAUUUUGUUUUCUUUGGCUUUAUUUAUCCACGAAUGUGCACCACGUACUGCGGAAAAAGAUUACGAAGAUGUAUUCUCACCGAAGGCCCAGUACACAACGUAUAAAGAUCUCGUGAAGCUAUUUUAUGAUUUACAAAAAUUAUACCCGGAACUAGCUAAAGUUUAUUCAAUAGGGAAGUCUGUUGAAGGGCGAGAUCUAUUGGUGAUUCAGAUAACUAGUGAUGUUGGCGAGACGCACGAUACCCGGCCCGCGUUCAAAUAUGUAGCGAAUAUGCACGGCGACGAAUCUGUCGGACGAGAGCUGAUGGUAUACUUGGCACAGUACCUUCUGAAAAGCUACGGAAAAGAUGAAAGAGUGACCAAGCUCGUCAAUUACACGGAAAUCCACUUGAUGCCCUCUCUCAAUCCUGAUGGUUUCGAAAGCAGUAGUGUCGGCUGCGAGUCCCAGGCGAACUUCAUCGGUCGUAACAACGCGAAGGGUGUCGACUUGAACCGGGACUUCCCCGACCAGUUUGAUCGCGACAGCUCUGACGAUGAAGACUACCUGUUCGGUGGUAGACAGCCGGAGACUGUGGCUCUGAUGAAGUGGGUGAUGAGCAAGCAGUUCGUGCUGUCGGGGAACCUUCAUGGAGGUGCCAUUGUCGCUAGCUACCCUUAUGACGAUUCAAUUACUGGUAGGGACUGCUGCGUAGAGAGUCCAGCCCCAGACGACCCAGUGUUCAAGCAUCUUGCCCACACAUUCGCAUCCAAGCAUGAAGUGAUGCGCAAGGGGAAUGCCUGUCCCCCGGAUAACUUCACGGGGGGCGUCACCAACGGCGCAGAUUGGUACUCCGUCAAGGGUGGUAUGCAAGACUUCAACUACCUCCGAGGCGGUUGUUUCGAAGUGACAUUCGAACUGUCUUGUUGCAAAUACCCUCCGCCUGAAGAAUUGCCGAGCUACUGGCUGGUCAAUAAGGAACCACUCUUGGCUUUCAUGGAGCAAACCCAUCUCGGCAUCAAGGGGUACGUGCUGGAUGAAGAGAAGAGACCGGUGAAGAAUGCCAAAGUUCUAGUGGAAGGUAUCAACCACUUGUCCAAGACGACGGAAAGGGGAGUUUACUGGAGAUUGUUACUGCCAGGAGUGUACAACGUAUCAGCCCAUGCGCCUGGUUACGACUCCCCCGUAUUAUCAGUACGCGUGCCUCAGUUAACCGACGUCGCAACAACACUGAACGUAACGCUGGCUAAAACCGCGGCGGGCGCUUUCGUUCACCACGCCUACGACGCUAUGGAGAAGUUCCUCAAGGACCUCAGCCAGGAGUACAAGGACAUCACCAAGCUGACCAGCAUCGGCAAGUCUGUGGAGGGACGGGAGCUGUAUGUACUCGAGGUUACUAAGGAGCCGGGGAAGCAUUUGCCAGGAAAACCUGAGUUCAAAUACGUAGCCAACAUGCAUGGCAACGAAGUGAUAGGCAGGGAGCUUCUGCUGCUUCUCGCCAAGUAUCUGUGCCAGAAGUACAGAGAGGGAGAUAACAGGGUCCAGCGCAUGCUGAAUACCACCAGGAUCCAUCUGAUGCCCAGCAUGAACCCUGACGGGUACGAGAGGUCCAAAGUUGGUGACUAUAGCAGCAUGCGAGGUAGGGCCAACGCAAAUCAUGUGGACCUCAAUAGGAAUUUCCCAGACCAGUUUGGACCCACAAAGGACAACCUCACCCCACAACCUGAGACUCUAGCCGUAAUGAACUGGUCGCUAUCCAUACCCUUCGUAUUAUCCGCCAACUUACACGGGGGUGCCCUGGUAGCCAACUACCCUUACGACGGCAACCCUUCCAUGGAAAGCGGCCGAGCCUUUUUAACGCCGGACAACCCUGUGUUCCUGCAUCUUGCUCAUGUCUACUCCGAUGCACAUCACAAAAUGCAUUUGGGCCAACCCUGUAAAAAUAUACCCGAUGAGAGAUUCCCUGACGGCAUCACUAACGGGGCUCAAUGGUACGUUCUAGCAGGCGGAAUGCAGGAUUGGAACUACUUACACACGAGCGACAUGGAGAUCACUCUAGAACUGGGUUGCUACAAGUUCCCGCCUGCCGAAGACCUGCCUAUGUACUGGGAGGAUAACAGAGAGGCAUUGCUAGCGUUCAUUGAGCAGGUCCACGCCGGUAUCCAUGGCUUCGUGCACAGCCACAUCGGCCAUCCUCUAUCCAACGCCACCAUCACCGUCGACAAAUUCGGGCGAGGCGUUCGCAGCGCCCCUAGCGGCGACUACUGGCGCCUCUUGCCGUCCGGCCGGUACAACGUCACAGCCUCCAGGCACGGAUACGAGAGUAUAACUGAAGAAGUGACGGUGCCAGAGAACGGAUCCGUUAGCGUCAACUUCACACUGAUGGCCGACGACCCGCAGCAUUGGUCUUCUGCUUACGACUUCCGGGUGCUAGACAACAUAAUGGGAACUAAAUAUCACACGCGGCCGCAGCUAUACGAAGCGUUGUCUGAACUGGAGAACAAGUACCCCGAUAUAGCGGAGUUCCGCGCGGGAGAUGCACUCACCACUUCUAUAUUCCACCAGCUCAAGUUGACUGAUCAGGUCGGAUCUCCCGAAGAGACGAAGUUCCACAUCGCGCUCAUAGGCAGCUUCUACGGAUCCCAACCACUCGGGAACGAAAUGUUGUUAAACUUCGCUAGACACAUCGCAACCGCCUACACAAUAGGCGAGCCCAUACACAAAAAACUAUUGGAAACCACUGUCCUACACUUCAUACCCAAUUUAGACGCAUUACACGACAAAAUCGUUCAGCAAUACAACGGAACAGACAAAUGUGACGUCGAGCCGUUAGAAGAGGAAUUCGGAGACAGCUUAUACAACUACAUAACCAAAAAGAACUUAAAUCCCCUAUCGAAUUAUACGAGGGAGAAGUCGUUUAUAAGUUUGUUGGAAAGCGAGAAAUACGAUUUAGUUUUGGAGUUGGCUUCCGGGUCUGAAGACGUGAUCUACCCGGAGGUUUCGAAAGAUGUUUAUGAUAAGUUUGCGAGGAGAUACCAGGAUAACAGGACACCCAGUGAGAAAUACGAGUGUAGUAAAGCCAGUAAUAUUGUGCAUGGCAACUUGGUGGAUGUGUUAUGCGAGAGGUAUAAUACUCCGGUGAUAUCUGUGGGUUUGAGUUGCUGCAGGAUGCCGGUGGAAAGUGAGAUAGCAUAUGUAUGGAGGUACAACUUGAGGGGUAUCAUGCAGUUCGUAGAGAUUGCAAAAACAGGCGUGGUGGGUUACGUACGCAACGAGCUAGGCGCCCCGAUGCGGUCCGCCAGUAUCGCCGUGAUGGGCCGUGAUGUGACGCGCCAGUACCGAGUGUCCCGCAAUCUGGCGCACUAUCGGGCCUUGUUGCCGCCCGGACAGUAUCGAGCCAUCGUGCGCUGCCACGGCUACCGAGAUCAGAUAGUGACGUGGCGAGUGUUGGAUAGCGUAGUCAAACAAAAGGACAUCGUGCUGCAACGCCUCGAUUCUGAACCGGAACACAUUCAAGGUGGACUGUACAACGAACUGCCCGUAAACAGCGACCCUAACACUGUCUAUAUCACUGGUCUAGCUCUCGACCACAACAGCGUACCCCUAAAAGGCGCAGAACUGAAGAUCUACCCUCUCACGAAACCCAAAACUCCUAUAGCUACCAACACUAGCGACGAGUUGGGGAGGUACCUUGUCGCCAUACCAGUCACUUAUAUGGACAAAGAAGUGCUCGUGUCAGCUUGGGCAGACGGCUAUAUUAGUUCACAGAGGCAUAUAGCGGUAAAUGGUAAGGACAAUGUAACUCCCAACGUGCUAUUCAAGCUGGAGAAGGACGACUAUGUUCUGGGAAUGCCCCGGCUUGUGUUCGUCAUGCUGGCCGGCGUGGUGGGCGUUUGUGUGGUUACACUGGGGGCGUGGUGUUUCGGUCGUCGCGGGGUCGCCAGAGAAUAUCACUUCACACAACUACCCUCCGAUGACAAGCGGCUCUUGUGCGACGACCUCAACUACGAGAUAGUGAAGAAGCCAUACUACGACGAAGAAGAAAUACCACCUUCAGAAACGGAUUCUGAAGAUGAGAUCGUGCUACUCCGCUCCGAUCGCGAGUGGAAGCCCGCCGAGUGAGGGAGGCAAACGGCAAUAAUAUUAUACAUCAAACCAUAGACAAGGAAUACAUAGACCUGCGCAGUAGUUGGAGACAGAGAAUAGAGGGCUCUUUGUCCAACUUUAAAGUAAAACUGAGCAGAUAAUUGAGAGAUAGAAGAAGCUUAUGUACAAACAAGAAUUCAUACAUUUUUAUCAUUACAUCAUGCGCUGCCCAAUAGUUCAUACAUAUAAGGGCCGCACAUUUCUCUAUUUCUAGAGUUACAGGCAAUGUCGCUCAGUCACUCUUUGUCUAUGAAAGUAGCAUAUUUACAUCCAAAAACGUCUCCUGCGCAUGUUUAUCUAUCCGUAGUUUUCAUAAAGAUGUUUGCCUCUAACUAUAACUUGCGACAGCAAUGUAACACGCCUGAGUUUCUAAUUAAGUUUUUUAUAUGAAAUAUGAACUCCAGCGAAUCGCAAUAUUGGUCGUGUUUACAUUGUAUAGAAUUUUUAGCGCCAUUUUUGAGUAUCCAUUUUUAUCACGAACUUAGGUCGCUAAUCAGUUGCGAGUUAUUAACUAUUGUAUAUUAUCGUGUCGUCACCGGCCUCUAGCUAUACUAAUUGAAUGAGUUUUAAAACGUAUCGAUAAAACUACUAUUUUAAAACGCGAUUUAAGUUAGGUUCCAAUUAUAAUACAAAUACAUAUUGAGUUAAAUGAUCUUGCAAAUUCUAAUAAACGCAGUAGCUGCAUUCUGAUGCCAAUUAAGAGCUGUCAAAUGAAGCUUUAAUAACUAAAAAAAUAUUUUGAAAUAACAAAAAAACUAUAAUUCUUUUUAUAUGAUACAAAAAAAACAUUAUUAAAUGUAGGAUUAUUUACAUGUUACAAUUAAACUAGUAAUUUAUGUUUGUGGUUUUUUUAUGACUAAUUAUAGUUUUAGCGUCGGUAACGUCACGAGAUAAGUUAGUUAAUAGUGAAAUAACAGCAGUAUUAUUAUAAUGUUCCGCUUACUUCAUUUCCAUUUGAAAUAUAUGAGACUGCUAACUAAAACCACUUUGAGACAAUAAUUGUGAUUAAUAACUAGCGAAUACAUAGGAUUUUAAUCCAUGAAGUCAAUGUGCCCAUGUUUUGAUAUAAUUUCUCUUUGACGUUAACUUUAUUAAGGGCCGUUUUUUUUAUUAUUUUUAGUUUUAUUUGAUAUAUUUAUAUAAAAAAAACAACAUUAUAUUAUGAUGCGGGUACUUCACUUGGAUAUUCGUGUUUGCUACUUGUAAGCUUGACAUUAGUUUCUCCUUUUCAUUCCUUAUAAAGCUUAUUAUUCCUUAUAAGGACAGAAUUUUGUUAAGUAUACAAAUAGCCAAGUGAAGUUACGGCAUCAAAUGUUUACACAGCGUGUCUCACAUUUAUAUUAGUUAAUUCUUGAUAUUUUUCCUUAUUCUAUCUUUUAAAGAUUUAUUAAUAUUAUUUUUAUUUGUGUUAAAAAAAAAGUAGGAUUCUCAAAAUUAUGACUUUAUUUUAAACUUGUUAUAAAUCUUACCUGCUUGUUAAUUUAAAAGCAUGUUUAUCAUGCUCGUAUUUGGUAUGGGUCUUAUUUUAUCGCUAAUAUUUAUUCAAAAAAUAUGUUUAUUUUUAUAUGUACUAUAAAAAAUAAUAUAAUUUUAUUCCAAUCAUUUCUUUUUACAGUGAGAUAUUUUAUGGUAUUCCGAAAUUAUUUUAAAGUAUCUUAUUAUGUUUUAUAUGUAUUAUAUUAUUUUAGACUUUUUAUUUUGUAUGUGGUUUUAGUAAGUGCAACUGAACAUUCCUUUAUUUAUUCAAAUCAAUUAAUUUCGUAUACACAAAUUUAUACUUCACUAUAUAUGUAGUUUUAAUUUAUAUUGCUUCUUCAAUAUUCUUAUUUUUUACAAAGCUGCAAUUGUAUUUUUACACUAAGCUAAAUAAUUUAUUCGAAAUUUCAAUGAUAUUUAAAAUUAUUGAACGAAUUAAUAUCAAAUGAAUCUCUUCCAUUGAUUAAAUGUGCCGAAUUAUUUAUUCUAAAAUUAAAUAAACUAAGAUGUGAAAACUUGACGUCCGUUUUCCUAUUUUCUAUAAAUAUACAAGUUGGUGCUCUUUUUAAAUGUUUUACAUUUUUUUAGAAAAUUUAUUCGACUGUUGUGAUAAUUUCAUAUUGAUUGUAUAAUUGAUAUUAAUUUAAUAGUA